AUGUUCUCCAGCCUCCUCUUCAUCUCGACCCGCAUCUUCCAGAUCGUCACCCUCAUUCCCACUCUGGGAAUGCUAGCCUGGUUUGUCCACGGCUACACCUCCCAGAAUGCUCUCACCCCGGAUUUCAUCCUGAUCCUGUUCAUCGCGUCGGUGCUGGGCGCCGCCUGGUGCAUCGCGACGCUUGUCGCUUACGCCCGCGCCCGUCACUCUGCCCUCUUCGUCGCCCUCGUCGACCUGGGCUUCGUCGGCCUCUUCAUUGCUGCCGUCUACGAGUUGCGCUUUAUUGGCAACGCCAAUUGCAACAACUUCGUCAACGAGCCCUCCUACAUCACCCUCGGCGUCGUCGGCGGUCUCGGCCUUCAGCUCAACACCGAGUGGUCCUUCCACCCGAACAAGGAGUGCUCGAUGCUCAAGGCUUGCUUCGCCUUCGGCAUCAUGAACUGCAUCCUGUUCUUCGUCUCCUUCCUCCUUGCUCUUCUGGUCCACCGUCACCACCGCGGCGAAGACGUCGUUGUGAAGCGCACCACGCACGUCUCCCGGCACAGCCACCGUCCCAGAAGCCGGGACUACGGCUACUCGAGCAGCCCACGCCGCUCUCACCACAGCUCCCGCAGAUACUACGUCUGA